GCAACCCUAUAAAUGACGCCGACCUCCUGAAUUCUUUCCCUUUGCUACGGGACUUUGGAAGGAGACGGCUGAAAGAGCAUAACGCCUCGGACGGUUUGAACCUGUGAAGAAGUCAACUUUGCAAAACUUGGUCAAGAAGCACUUGGUGUAUUACGCACUUGCUGAAGAAGCCGAAAACCCACGAAAAUGGAUCCUGGCCAGAAGAAGGACCAGCAGGGUGGUCAGCUGGAAGAUCAUUGUGUAGCUCUUCCAGCAGACGGAUCCCCAGCGUUGGAGGAACAUCUAGCCGAUGGUAAGGAUAUUGGUAAGGUGGGGUCAAAUGUUUUCCAAGAAACCAUAUCAGACAACAUGGUUUCUGGAGAUCAUGGAGAGGAGUUGAGGUGUAGUUCACCUCCGCAGUCCGUUGACUGUAGUUCCAGCUCCAGUGUUAGCUCCAGUCAAGAUGGCUGGGCUAGCAGUUUCAGUGGUAGCUGUAUUAGCAGCUCCAGUGGUAGCUCCAGUCAAGAUGACUGGGCUAGCAGCUCCAGUUGUAGCUCUAAUACCAGCUACAGUGAAGAUGAGGUAGGUAGUGAUUGGACUACCAGUUACGGUAGUAUCAGUACUACCAGCUGCAGUCCAACAGUGGACCGUCCUUACGCUGAGCUUGAGAUGGCUCAGAAGCUUCAAGACGGCAUUUUUCACUUGACCUCACCUGAAGAGCCCAUUUUGAGUGCAGAUGAUUCCAGACCUUUUGGUGUCUUGCAACGUCAUCAGGUAGGUUUGGUAGGGGAUGCGACUCAUGGGACAUUGGUGACCGGCAAAAACGGAAAGAGGACCAAGGACACUGACUCUGAAGAGGAGCCCCCUGCCAAGAGGACUAGGGACAGUGAAGCUGAAGAGGAGCUCUCCUCCAAGAGAUCCAGGGACACUGAUGAUGUUGAAGAGGAGCCUCCAGCCAAGAGGACAAGGGACAGUGUUGAUGAAGAGGAGCCUCCAGCCAAGAGGACAAGGGACAGUGUUGAUGAAGAGGAGAUCCCUGCCAAGAGGUCCCGGAAGAGCGAUGACGAAGAGGAACCUGUUCUCAGUCCCUCCACAAAUGUGUUGUGUGAGGAUUCUUUUCAGUCAUCCCCUGUCCGCAGUCCCUCGCCCAUGUCAUUGUGGGGGGAUCACCUUUUUUCACCCUUUGAUCUUUCACCUAUGAGUGGAUGUGAGGAUCCCAUUCUGUCCUCCCCUGUCUUCAGUCCCUCGCCAAGAUUACCUUGUGAAGGUCCCAUUGUGUCUGUUUAUGCCAUCAGUCCCCCAAUCAGUGAAGAUCCUAUUUUGUCAUCCCCCGUUCUCAGUCGUCCACCAAGCACAGCCUGUGAGGAUCCUAUUGUGUCUUCCCCUGUCGUGAAUACUUCCUCCACAACAUACUGCAAAAUUCCAAGUGCAAGAUUCCCUUGCUUUUGUGUCUGGAUGAAAUCUCAAAUGGACAGAGAAGAGGAACCAAUACCCUCAACAUCUGGAAUUGGAUCUGGCGGAAUUAGAGGAAGAGAGAGUUCCAGAAAAGAGUGGUUUAGACCUCACUACGACCUGUCAAGUGAUGACUCUGAUUAGAUUUGGAUCUUAAAAAACUGAAGACCUACCAGAGAAGACCCAUUAGGAUACUGUAAUUUCUCUGUUGUUUAUGUUAAAGCAAAUGGCUUUCUAGCAGGACCGAGGAUGCCUUAGGUAGCGACUUGCACCGGGGCUUUUCUUUAUCCCGCUGCUAGAUGUUUUAUUUUAGAUGUUAAGGAUUCUGGCAGGACAGGCAAUGCUGACUUUUUUGCUGUUAAUGAAUGAAUGACUAAAUGCUGGAGGAUGCUAAUUUAACUUUCUGAGGAACAAGACAAUACUGCUGAACAAAAAACUUUAAUAGUAGUCGGACAUGGAUGGUGCAUAAAAGAUAAACGCUAAAAGGAAUAAG